AUGAAGCGUCUAAAACCCUCCACCGUUGCUAGUUCACGACAACUGCGAUUCCACCCUCUUCUACAGCAGUCUAUACUCCGUCUACCACCACCACCACCACCACCACCCACAAUCCCUCUCAAUCGCUCAUUCACCACCUCGAAAGCUACAUACCAAUCCACCAAUCCCGUCAACAAUACCCCUCCCCCACCAUCACCAUCACAACCCACCACAACCACCCCUCCCUCCCCAAAAAAUGUCAACAAAACCCUCCACCACACCAUCGCCACACAAACAGGGUUAUACUCUACAUUACCAUACUCCCCCGGUUCUCCAUUCUUCCUCCCACACGGCACCAGGAUCUUCAACCGUCUUAUCGAAUUCCUUCGAGCGCAAUACGCGUUGUAUGGAUUUCAAGAAGUGAUCACUCCUACGAUAUUUAACGAUGCUUUGUGGGAGAAGUCUGGACAUUUGGAGAAUUUUAGGGAUGAUAUGUUUAGAGUUUUUAGUGGGAAGAAAGGGGUUGUUAGGAGGAAGAAUUUGGAAGAGGAAGGGGAAGGGGUGGGACUUAAUGCUGGGGUUAAGCCAGAGGGAAAGGGAGUGGAAGAGGAGGAGGGGAUGUAUAGUCUUAAACCGAUGAAUUGUCCGGGACAUUGUUUGCUGUAUAAGGUUAGGGGACAUGGGUAUGCGGAUUUACCGUUGAGGUUUGCGGAGUUUGCGCCGUUGCAUAGAGAUGAAAUCCGAUCCGCCCUAACAGGACUAACCCGCGUCCGUCGUUUCCACCAAGACGACGCCCACAUCUUCUGCCGUCACGAUCAAAUCUCCGCAGAGAUCUCAUCAACUUUAUCAAUGAUCGAAACCGUCUACUCCGUCUUCGGACUACAGAACUAUAAGUUUUUAUUAUCCACCAGACCGGAGAAAUAUAUGGGUUCUUUAUCGGAUUGGGAAAGGGCCGAGGAAGCUUUAAAAAUGAGUUUGGAAGCUACGGGGAGGAAGUGGACGGUUAAUGAGGGGGAUGGUGCGUUUUAUGGACCGAAGAUUGAUGUUAUUUUGGUGGAUUUUCAGGGGAAGGAACAUCAGACUGCGACUGUGCAGUUGGAUUUUCAGUUACCUCAGAAAUUCGAGUUGAGUUAUGAUGCUGCCGGUGUCGGUGCCGGUAGCGAAGAGGGUGGUAAUAGUGGUGGUGGUGGAGUGAAAGAAACACCGGUAAUAAUCCACCGCGCGAUCUUUGGAAGUCUGGAGAGGUUCAUGGCCUUACUUAUCGAAAAAUACGAAAAACGCUGGCCAUUCUGGAUGAGUCCUCGACAAGUCAAGGUCAUCCCCGUCCACCAGAAGAACGAAGAUAUUCGAAACUUCGCGGAAAGGACGAGGGAUGUACUCGCGGGUGUUGUGAAAGGUGAUAAGAGACAGGUUAUGGGGAAAAGAACGUUUUAUGUGGAUUUGGAAGAAAGGAAUUUGGGGUUGAAUAAAAGUAUUAGGGAAGCUAAGGCUGCGGGGUAUAAUGUUAUUGUGGUUAUUGGGGAAAGUGAGGUUGGGAGUGGGGAGGUGGGGUGGGAUGUUUGGGAGGGGGGGAAGUAUGUGAAGAAGGAAGCGGAGGGGGUGGAGGGGGUAUACCAGAAGCUUGUGCAGAUGGAAGCGGAGUAUCAGUAG